GUCCUCUGGUCUGUGUGCUGAUCGCCGAGAAAUCGAUGGAAAUGCGGAAGUUUUGAUUCCGGCUGCGGAAGAAAAUUAGAAUGAAACAAAAUGAAGUCUGGUGCGUCUAGUCUGCGCAUGCGCCAAUUUGCUAAUAUUCAUUAAUGGUGCUUCUCGGAGGAGAUCGGUUUCAGCUUCGAGUCUCAGGCGUGAUGUCCUGCCAGAAACCGAGCAGCAUCUCUGUGUAACGGAGGUACCACCAUGUCAUCCACCUGCCCGUCCCGCUCAGCCCCGCCCCCUGCAGGGACCGGCAGCACAGGUGAGGGUUGUAGGCGGACUUCGGAGCGCCACGCCCACCUCAUGCUGGCUCAGAUGAAUAAAAUGCGUCUGCGCUCGGAGCUGUGUGACGUGCGCCUGAUGGUGGGGGGACGAGCGUUUCAGGUCCACCGGUUGGCCCUCGCGGCCAGCGGGCCGUAUUUCUCCGCUCUCUUUAACUCGGCUAUGAGUGAGUCACGUGAGGAGGAAGUGCACAUCGCCGGCAUCCAGGCUGACGUCUUUGAGUCCCUGCUGGAGUUCAUAUACACAGGGUGUGUGGAAGUGACAGUCGAGAACGUCCAGGAUCUCAUGAUGGCGGCCGACAUGCUGCAGCUCGGAGAGCUCGUGCUCAUCUGUGGAGAGUUCCUGAGAAGCCACAUGGAGCCGAGCAACUGUGUAGGAAUUUAUCAGUUCCUGGAGCAGAUCAACUACAGUGAGCUCCUAGAGUUCACGCAGAACUACAUCCACGCCCACUUCCUGCAGGUGUGUGAGGGGGAGGAGUUUUCCAACCUGUCGAAGGAUCAGUUGGCAUGUUUGCUGCGCAGUGAGGAGUUGAGGGUCGAGGAUGAGUAUCAGGUGUUUAUGGCGGCCAUGGGCUGGCUCCUGCAUGAUGUCACACACAGGAAGAAACACAUGGUGGAGGUUCUGGAGCCGAUCCGAUUCCCUCUGCUGUCUCCACAACGACUUUAUGCCUACAUCGAGGGUGUGAGCGACUUCAGCCUGCGGGUGGCGCUGCAAACCCUGCUGAGAGAAUACACAGAGAUGGUCAAAACCCCCAAAGACCCCAAAACAGUCGCACAACCGACGAAGACCCGGCCCCGGAGGAAGGCACGCAAAUACCUCUACGCCAUCGGAGGUUACACUCGUCUGCAGGGGGGUAGAUGGAGUGAUAGCCGGGCGCUGAGCUGUGUGGAGCGAUUUGAUUCGUUCAGCCAGUUCUGGACAACGGUCUCCUCCCUCCAUCAGGCCCGGAGUGGGCUGGGCGUCGCUGUCCUGGAUGGCAUGAUCUACGUUAUUGGAGGUGAGAAGGAUUCGAUGAUCUUUGACUGUGCAGAGCGCUAUGACCCCGUCACCAAACAGUGGGCUGCUGUAGCAUCACUCAACUACCCACGCUGUGGAGUCGGGGUGUGUCCAUGCCACGGUGCCCUCUAUGCACUCGGAGGCUGGAUCGGGUCUGAGAUCGGGAAAACAAUGGAGCGUUAUGACCCGGAGGAGAACAAGUGGGAGGUAAUCGAGAGCAUGCCUGUACCACGAUACUACUUCGGCUGCUGUGAGCUACAAGGUUUCAUCUACGUGAUUGGUGGGAUCAGCGACGAGGGGCUGGAGCUUCGUUCAGCCGAAGUCUACGACCCCAUUUCCCGCCGUUGGCGAGCGCUGCCUGUCAUGAUGACGCGGAGGGCGUACGUGGGUGUGGCCUCGCUCAAUAACGCCAUCUACGCGGUGGGAGGCUGGAACGAGGCUCUCGGAUCACUCGACACCGUGGAAAAGUACUGUCCUGAGGAGGAGCGGUGGGUGGAGGUGGCAUCCAUGUCGGUGGCACGUGCCGGUGUUAGCGUAGCCGGCGUUAACGGGCUGCUGUAUGCCAUCGGGGGCCGGAACUCUGGGCGGGAUUUCUCCGCACCGGUUACUGUGGACUCGGUGGAGAUUUACGACCCGCACCUGGACACGUGGACUGAAAUAGGGAACAUGAUUACGAGCCGCUGCGACGGGGGUGUGGCUGUGCUCUGACAUGCUCCACCCCUUUCACAUGUUCACGAGUUACGUCUGUAACUUACGAAAUACUUGAGGAGAGCAACGGUUACGAGGUUUUUACCAUGACAUGAAGGUGCUACGAUUUGGUUGGUCACAAAACUUUGAGGCGUGGUCACGUGGUGGGGGGCAUGGCCAUGCUGUCACAGACCCCACCCCUUUUAGUUUAGUCCUCAAACGCUGUUGACUAACAGCAUUCAUGUCAUAAAUCAUUUAUUAAGUCUUUCUGACAGAAAUUUCACGAGUUAUCAAUAGAAAAACAGAUUACAAAACAUUUCAAACUUCACUGAGAUAUUUCACGUAAUGAAGCGUUGGUGUGGUGGUAAUGUGUGUGUGUGUGUGUUAUUAUUGUGUUACUUGAUGUACAUUUCUUACCUGUGUGAUUAAAUUAGCAUUGAAGCUCAGAAUAGA